AUGGAAUCACAACGCCAGUUGUUUUUCAAGAAACAGAUAAUGAAAGAGUUGUCUCAACAGAAGACUGAAGUACCUACAAGUGCAGAAAAUGAAAACAUAAAAAAUUAUGAAGAUUGUGUUAAUACUGAAGGAGUGUGGAAUAAGGAAAACUCGAGUGAUACAUUUCCACAAAAAGAAAACGAUGAUGACGAACUGAUACAUAAAAAUUACAAAGAAAAAGACCCUGAACUUAUUUCUACAUUAACGGAAGUAAUUGCUGAGAGUGAGAUGGAGUUGCUGAGGAAGUCCCUUGAAGCAGAUGAAGAUGACAUAGAAGCAGAGAACAAUAAUAAUAAAAACGAUGGUCAAAUCAAAUCUACAAAAAAGGAACAAGAGAAACAAAAUUAA